AUGAAGGCGGCGAGCGCCGCCAAGGACAAGAUUGUGGAGUGGGCCAACGAUCCCGAGGUGCAGAAGGCGGCGUACAAGUACGCGGGCGUGGCGGCGGACUACGCCUGGCAGUCGGUGAGCCAGGCCGCGGAAGCGCUAAUUCCGCCGCAGGAACCCGACACCUUCGGCCGCCAAAGUGGCCGAAGGGAAAAGGGGUGCAGUGAGCCGUAG